AUUGCUCAAGAUUCCAACACUGCAAGAGGAAUGUCAUCAAACAGCAAUUAUCCACUGUAACAUGUCAGUCAGUAUUAAAGCCAUGGUUGAAGUCCAUUUUAUUGGUCAAAGUGGCGAUUUUCUCCUGACGUAAUCACUGACCCCAAUGAGAUCAGAUGCUACAUCCAUAAAGCAAGGCAGCAAACCUGAUAACGACAAUGCCACAACCUUGUUACUUCACAGAAAAGGAAGUUCACUGAUUUUGAAUAUCGAUAGUACAGCUACAUGUUCAAACCCAAGUGACCUGCAGCUAGAGCAUGGUCUAAAAACAAAAGCGUGUCACAUGUGAAGACGGAAGCUCAUUAUCGCAUCAGACGCUCGACGACUGCACAUGCCGGCGAACACCCUUCCAGGAUUUUGGAUCGGAUUUCACCAGUGUCUGAGGAGGGUGAAUCAGCACUUCAUUACUCUACAAUCUCGACCUACUUGUAGUACCCUUCAUAAAUCUUGAAUGCCGUUAUUGCUGAAAGUCACAAAGUAAAAUCCAGUGGGAUAUGAUUAAGGGUACCUUGGAGAAUUGCCCAAAAGAUAUCCUCAAACACUGAUUCUCCUUGCCCUGACCUGCCCUGUGUAGGAUACGUCAUAGAAAUGGAGGAGAGGGAUAAACAUGUGAUGUUAUCUCGGUUCAUGAAGAUGACCCAACUUGAUCUUGGAUUUGCUCAUGAUCUUCUAGAAGGUACAAAUUGGAAUUUUGAUGCUGCAGUAAGAGACUUCCAAGAACUCCAAGGCCAGAGACGGCUGUCUGCUCAAAGACAGGCAGCUCCAAAGAAAAUCUCUCCCAAAGAAAACCCUUCAAACCAAAUUCCCCCGAAGACCAGCCCAAAGCCCGCCCAGAAGCCCAGCUCGCCCCAGAGAAAUCCUCCACAGAAAGGUUCUCCUAAGAGAAAUUCUCCCCCAAAUGGGCAAAUGACACAGCCUGUUCCCAACAGGGCCUCCCCAAAAAUAAAUGGGAGAGGAGAUGAUUCCAUUUCACAUAAUGGGGGUUCCUCAUCUCCAAAUGCCUUGCAGCAUCCUCAGCUGAGAGAUCCUCCAAAGUCACCGGGUACCAAGAGACUGACAAGAGGUCUUUCAGCAGCCAACUCCAGACUGGUGAUAACCAGUCGUCAGAGGGUGAAAGAUGACGAAGAGAGCCACAACUAUCAACUUGUAGACACACCAAGAUUCACCUUCAUCUUGCCUGAUCUACUGGUGUUCCCUGCAGACUUCCGUGCAUUCGUCGAGAAGGAUCUCAUUGACUCCUGUACAAUGGUCAACCUAGAAAACUCAGGUUAUCUGAACUGGUGGGCAAAGACAGGGGCGUGUUCUAAGCUGUGGCCAAUGGCAACAACUGGAGAUGGCAACUGUCUUCUACAUGCAGCAUCAUUAGGUAUGUGGGGUUUCCACGACCGUCAGCUGACAUUACGCAAGGCUUUAUACAAAGAUCUGUCGGACCAUCAACACACAGCACAUAUGCAAAAACUGAAGAGAAGAUGGCGAUGGCAACAGACAUUAGCAAACAAAGAGUCUGGCCUGGUGUAUUCUGAAGAAGAAUGGGAAGAGGAAUGGAAGAGUCUCCUGAAGCUAGCAUCCACCAUUCCAAGGAAUCAUAAAUUCAAGAAUAAUGGAGGCAAGCCCAUGGGUGGAGGACCCCUACCAUCUGUAGCCGAGGACCAAGACUAUUUGGAUGAUGAUGAAGAGAUCAUGUAUGAGAGUUUGGAAGAAUUCCAUGUGUUUGUUCUCUGCCAUAUCCUCCGUCGACCCAUCAUCAUCGUGGCCGACACCGUCCUCCGAGACUCCCAGGGCCAGCCCCUUGCUCCUAUCCCAUUCGGUGGUAUCUACCUACCAGUAGAGCUGCAUCCUCUUGAGUGCCAUCGCUCGCCCCUAGUCCUCACCUAUGAUGCAUCCCAUUUCUCAGCGCUGGUUCCCAUGGAAGUGGAUAGCCACCGUGACACAGAGCUCAAGAAACAACCUCCUGUCAUUCCCAUCACCGACUCCAACCAUCACCUCCUGACCCUUCACUUCAUCGUUGAUCCUGGUAUCGGAUGGCAGUGGAAGGAUGAGAACCACAACGAUGACAAGACAAACGGUAUUGAGGAAGACACCGCGCUCCACAAGCUGGUCUACAGUCCCAAGGACAAGCUGAAACUCCUGCAGACGUAUUUGGAGUUGGUGAGGUUAGAGAUUCCAGAUGUCCAUCACCAGGAGAGCUCAUCGCCCACACAGGGAGAUGAAUGGGAGCUGUUACCACCCAAGGAAAAUGGCAUGAAAACUGUCAAGGUUGAAGUCGCUAGAAGCAAUUCAAGUGGAUCAGAGAAGAGUGACAGAAGCGGGGGCAAGGAGAAAGAGAAGUCAAGGUCAUUUGGUAAAAAGCUCAAGCACUUUGCGGGACUCGAUAAAAGCAAGAAAGGAUCAUCCCGCAAAGAUGGCCAUGAGCAGUUUCACAUCAUAGAGGAGAAGCACAAGAAGGACAGAAUCUCAACCGAAGUGACCAUUCAGGAUGUUGCUGACCGUUCAGUUGUGGUUGCAGCAAAGAUGGACGAUGUUAGGUUACAGGGAGUGGAGGAGAUGAUAAGGAAUUACCUGGAGUCAGCAAAGACCCGUUUCCAUGAGGAGGUAGCUCUGAAGAGGAUGAUUGCUGCUGAGAAUCGGAGCAGACAGCAGCAGAGGAUCCAGAGAGAACAGCGCCCUCACGAUGUUUGUAUUGAUGAUGACGAAAGAACUAAUGAGGCUGCAUAUCACUUUGCCUCUCUUCCACGUGUCCAUGUCAACGGGCCCAUGUCUUCCAGAGGCAGUCAUGAUUAUCCUGAUAAUGGUAGAGGUGUGCAGUAUGUCCAUGCAACAAGUAGCAACCCAGGCAGUCCUGCCAUGGAGCGUGUCAACAACAGUACGUCAUACAACCCAGCAGCCAAGCGUCAAGGAGGGACGUACAGCCCUCAGCCGGUACGUGCACACUACAACCCUCCACAACCACGCUAUCAAGCUCAAACUCAAUCACCACAGUUUCAAAGAACAGUACCCAUUCAGAGACUUCACAUCAACGACAGGAAUCAAGAAAUCCGCUCCAAUUCUAACCCAUAUGCUACCCAUGUCAGGGGAAGGCGUGUACCGAUAGAAGAGGAAGCUACAAGACAGUGCCGUACCUUUGGUUGUAAGUACUUUGGCUCAGAAAAGACAGACUUCCUGUGUUCCCAUUGCUACGAGUCAAUCAUUCGAAAGAAGCAACCUCUCAUGCGGUAGAGAAAGAUAUAUAAAAUAGGAAGCAUUUGAUAAGCUUGCUGGGUCAUCCAUAUGUAUCAAAUGAAUGAGUUCUGCACAUUUAUCCUUUUAAGUUGUCAUUGUGUAUUGUAUGUUCAAUCAUGUCUUGAAUGAAUUCUGUCCCACAUGUGAUGCAGCUUUAUUCUCAUGUGCCAUGUUGUUUUAUUAUCAGUAUGGUUAAAUAUGACAUUGAUUUGAUUGUUAAUUUUAUUUUCCCAUCAUCCAAGUGAUGACAAGUUACUUUGUUGAUAUUUUGUUGUUCAGAAUGUAUUGAAGCAGACUUUUGGCAGGUGUCUGUGUGUAAUUUGUUACAAUUUUUUCCUCUUAAUUCUAUCACUAGAUAUAAUCAAUAACUGAAAGGUUGAAAGACUAAAGUGCAAUUAGAAUGCAAACAGCUGAUGAAGACAUACAUGAAGAGAAAGAAGAUUAUUUUUUAAGAAAAAAACAUGAAGGUUAGGUUUAAGUUGUAUAGUAGGAAAGGUUUAUAUCAAUACAUUGUGAAUUUUUAGAUACUGGUAUAUAGUAGAUGUAUUGUUCAAGAAAAUUUACACUCGAUUGAUAGGAUUUUCUUAUGAACAUGAUAUCCAAUGGUGAAAAAAAAAUCAUUUUAAUGAAUACCAACAUUCAUAGUGAAAAGGUUAAAAAUCAUUUAAUGUAUAUCUGUAUUAUGAAUCAUCUAAGUUGGGAUUUCAUUCAUUGUUUUAUUCAGAACAAGUAGUGUGCUUGUGGUGUGUUUAAUAGAAGACAUCAGCAAUACCAGCUAAUCUCUCCAUGUCAACUUGUUAGAUAAAAAAACUCGCCAUCAUGAUACACCAGUAAUUUGUACCUUGAAUGUCACUGCCAAUUCAAUUCAAUUUCAAUUUAUUUACCAUCUUUAAAAAUAAGUGUACAUAAUAAUCUGACAUGAAAUACAAAAACCAAUUGUUUAAAAAUGGAGGGAUUCCCUUAAUAAGCACAGUGCUUGUAAGCAGGGUCCCAACAUGCACUAAACAUUAGACCUCGAAACUUUAUUACACACAUUAUUGAUAUGUGGUUUACAAGAGAGGCAUUCAUUAACUGCCAAGUAAAACUUACACAUUUUAAUUGUCGAAUUGAACAUUGAUGAUGUAAUUACUCCAGAAGAUAUUGGAUAGGGUGUACUCACAUUUGUGUGUA